AAGACUUCAAGUAGGAAACAAAGGCUCGGAGUUUGUCAUUUUAAACCUUACCCUAGCUAGUGGAUAACAACGGAGGGUAAUGAACAAGAUUUCGGCGUUAUCUAUGGACUUGUGAAACCCCAACCUCAUUUUAACUCAAACAUCGUAAAAUCAAAUAGUUAGAAGUCUUCAUGCAAUUAGAGGAUAAUUAAUUACCCCGUGAGAAUUAUCAUAAUGGAUACGACAGGCCAUAACCCGGAAGUGACAGAUGACACAGGAAGAGGCACCACCGCGGAUAAAAACAAAAACAUCUACAGAAGGAUUUGGUGGUUCAGUUUGUUGUAUAACUUGACGAAUAUGGUGACAUCCGUCAUGACAACUUAUAUUCGAUCACAGAUCACCACUCUAGAGAAACAGUUCGGGUUCAACUCCAAACAGCUGGGGCUCAUCGUAUCUUCCACGGAGUUGGGGUUCCUGCUCUACGCCACCUGUGUUUGCUGUUCAAGCUGCAAAGUUCACAUCCCUAGAAUCUUAGGUCUUUCCACUGUGCUAUUCGGCCUUUCCUGUCUGUUCUGCUCCGUGCCCCACUUCCUAUACGGCGCCAAGAACAACAUUCUGGGAUCAGAAACCAACGAAACAAACCAGAUAGGUGCCGUCUGCUCUGAUCAGGUGCCGGCACCGUCCUGCAAGUCUGGCGCUGGUACCAAAUCUUCACUAGCUGAUGACGUGACUCUCGUAUCUCUGGGAAUUCUCGUCCUGGGGAAGGUCGUGCAGGGAUUGGUUCAGUCCCCACGGUCGGUGCUGUUCUGUAACUACGUGACGGGGAUGCAGGAACGCGAGUUACUCAUUGUAGCCUUUGUCGCAUUGAUAAUGACUUCAGUCAUAAGUCACCCACUAGGAUACAUCCUGGGAGGAGUAUUCAGCCAAAUAUACGUCACACUUCAAGACACGCCCUGGACCGUGACACACCCACAAUGGAUCGGAGCCUGGUGGUUGGGUCUGGUCAUGUUUGGAGUUGUCACUCUCUUGCUGGCCACGCCCAUGUUCUGCUACCCCAGAGACUUGACAACAAGGGAAGUCGGAGAGCAGCACGCACGUGAUGGACAGGGGUCACUCGACAAGAACUCAGGUCUCGCCAGCACCAACUCUGGGGGCAAGAAGUGCUCCAUCGAGUCAAAGACGCCAAGACCAACAGGCAAGAGUGGUGUUAAACAAGGUUUCCUCAACUCCUUAUGUCGUCUGCUGACCACACCUGUCUACCUCCCCAGGUUUCCUCUACUCCUUAUGUCGUCUGCUGACCCCACCUGUCUACCUCCCCAGGUUUCCUCUACUCCUUAUGUCGUCUGCUGA